AUCGAUUCCAUCUUCCCAACGCCAAAAGCGUGAAAUGCCUGCCCAAUUUCUUCUUCGCCGCCCAGUACUGUGGCCGGUAAAGCUCCUCCCACGAAUCCUUUGUGCGACGGCCCCCAACUCGACCCUGAGGAUGCUCUCAACACACCCUCCGAAGUCGGAAGACGAGGACGCGAUAUUCGCUGCCGGGGUCGAGGAGGUGAAAAAGUGGUGGGCGGAACCCCGAUGGAAAGGGAUUGUUCGGCCCUACUCUACCGAGGACAUUGUUAGCAAGCGAGGCACGCUGAAGCAGCAUUACCCGAGCUCGCAGACGGCCAGGAAGUUGUUUGAGUUGCUGAAUGAGCGGGCGGCGCAGGGGUUGCCGGUGCAUACUAUGGGCGCUAUUGAUCCCGUACAAAUGACCCAGCAAGCACCGCAUCUUGAAGCGCUAUACGUGAGCGGGUGGGCUUGUUCUAGUGUUCUCACAACCACGAAUGAGGUAUCACCGGACCUUGGGGAUUACCCGUACAAUACCGUACCGAAUCAAGUCCAACGACUAUUCAAAGCCCAGCAACUCCACGACCGAAAGCACUAUGACGAACGCCGGAGCAUGACACCACAGCAGCGCAAGGAGAAACCGUGGGUAGACUACCUCCGCCCGAUAAUCGCGGACGGGGACACGGGACAUGGUGGACUAUCCGCUGUGAUGAAGCUGGCGAAGCUCUUCGCCGAGAAUGGGGCCGCAGCGAUACACCUGGAGGACCAGAUGCACGGUGGCAAGAAGUGCGGGCACCUGUCGGGCAAAGUCCUCGUGCCCAUCAGCGAGCAUAUCAACCGACUCAUCGCGACGCGCUUCCAGUGGGACCUGAUGGGCGUGGAGAACCUCUUGAUCGCGCGAACGGACAGUGAGAGUGGAAAGCUCAUCAGCAGCACCGUCGACACCCGCGACCACCAAUUCAUCCUAGGCACAACCGCCCAGACCACUCCUCUCAGCGAAGUCCUCCAAAACCUCGAAUCCACCGGCGCCCCGACAGAAGCCCUGGAAAGGGCGGAGGCAGCCUGGUUCGCACGGCACGAAUUGACGACCUUCGAUGAUGCCGUCAAGUCCGAACUCGCCAAGCUCCCCAACGCCCAGGCCAAGAUGGAAGAAUACAUGCAGCACGCAUCAACCCGCAGCAACACUGUCGCGCGGGAACACGCGCGCGCACUUCUCGGCCACGAGAUAUUCUUCUCCUGGGACCUCCCUCGCACGCGGGAAGGCUACUACCAUUACUCCGCCGGCCUCCCCGCUGCCAUAAAGCGCGCACAGGCCUUCGCACCCUACUCCGACCUCCUCUGGCUGGAGACCAAACGUCCAUCGCUCACGCAAGCAACAUCCUUCGCCCGCACCCUCCUGCGCACCCCUUCCUCCCCGUCCGCAGGCAAACACCUAGUCUACAACCUCUCGCCCAGCUUCAAUUGGCUAGCGGAGGGCUUCACUCCGGAGCAGUUGAAGUCCUUCAUCUGGGACUUGGCGAAGGAGGGCUUCGUGUUGCAAAUCGUGUCCCUCGCAGGAUUACACUCGGGUGCCCUCGCUACCUGCAAACUCGCCACGCGGUUCAAAGAUGAGGGCAUGCUCGCGUACGUCGACCUCGUGCAGAGGCGCGAGAAGGAGAUUGGGUGCGACGUGCUCACGCAUCAGAAAUGGAGUGGAGCGAAUUACUUGGAUGGGGUGUUGCAGGCCGUGGCUAGCUCCUCAGCGACCAGCGCGGUUGGGGGGGAUAGCACUGAGCAUGGAUUUUAGAUUGGGGGGGGACGUUGUGCAGCAUAUCAUACCUUUGUGUUUUUUUUAAAAAUUUUUCCUAUACUUAUUACUCUUCGGAAAGGUGUUUGAUGGCGUCGAAACGAUGUUGAAAAGGUAUGAUAUGGGGAUGUGGUUUAGUGGUAUAAUACCUCUUUAGCAUAGAGGUGGUCCGGCGUUCGAUUCGCCGCAUCUCCAUUCCUUUUUUUCCUUCCCUCUUUACCUUCCAUACUUCUCCCAUAGAUUGAGCUAGGUGAAUGGAGGAUUUCAAUCGCAUGGACUCUCUGCCGUCUCUCACUUGACCGCCAAUCUGAUAGCUUACUCCUGUACUGCAUUGUAAAUCUGCGGUCGUAGAAUAAGAAAUCGUAGGUUACAACUUUA